AUGAUUGAGGAGACUACAAAAGAAGGUAAGGAUGAUCCAAGAAUGUCUGAGGGGAGCGCAAGAUCGUCAGAAGUAGGUGAAAGUUUUUUUCUUAAAGUGUCACCAACCAAGGGUAUCAUGAGAUUUGGUAGGAAGGGUAAAUUGAGUCCUCGUUUUAUAGGUCCUUAUGAAGUAUUGGAACAAAUUGGGGAAGUAGCCUAUAGAUUAACAUUACCUAUGAACCUAGCCAAAGUCCACAAUGUCUUCCAUGUAUCCCAACUCCAAAAAUAUGUCCAUGACCCUUCCCAUAUCAUACAACCUGAAACCAUUGGACUUGAUGAAACCCUUACCUUUGAAGAAAAGACAAUAAAAAUCCUUGAUACCAAAACAAGAUGUACCCGGAACAAGGAAAUUAAGUUCGUCAAGAUAUUAUGGACGAACCAACAAACCGAAGAAGCCACAUGGGAAACCGAAGUUGACAUGAAAGCCAUACCCCGAACUUUUAGAACAGAAAACUGA